GCGAGACGGUUUUCAUUGCGCCAUGUGUCACGUCCGUGUUCGUCUGUGUUCGUCUUCCACCCCGGAACUCCACUUGGUUCCGUCGACGGCGAUCACCUCAGACACUAAGACUCACGGGCCGCAACACCAAGAGGCCGGCGGGUGUAUGUAACAUGUCGAGCCCCAAGAGCGGUUCGAGUAAUGCAAGGUCGCGCACGCGAUCUCCGGCUGAGCAGUUGGACACGCCGGAUGAGCCGGUCGAGCCGGGUGUUCAUCCCACGAAUACGCAGAUCCCUUAUAACGAAGCAGACGAUGACGCCGACUCUGCCAUUGGCGACAACGACAGCAUCGCCUCGUCCUCGGCCUCUCUCUCCGAGAGCAUUCUAGACUAUCGCAAAAUCCACGGGAGGACUUUCCAGAGCUCUCAGACAACCGAGUACUGGGGCCCCAACGACGACAAGCAGAACAACGGCUUGGAUAUCGCGCACCACUUCAUCACACGGCUCAAGGGCGACCGACUCUUCGAGGCCCCGAUCAAAGGCGCCCCGUCCAAGGUCCUAGACGUGGGCACCGGCACCGGCAUCUGGGCCAUUGAUAUGGCAGACGCGUAUCCUUCCGCCGAGGUCAUUGGCACAGAUCUUAGCCCAAUCCAGCCGGGUUGGGUGCCCCCGAACUGCAAAUUCUACAUCGAUGAUGCGCAGCUGGACUGGACCUUUCCCCCGGCAUCCUUCGACUUUGUGCACAUCCGCGCCCUUUACGGCAGUAUCGGCGACUGGACCGAGCUAUACCGCCAGGCCUACAAAGCCCUGGUGCCCGGAGGCUGGCUCGAGGACUUUGAGAUGAACAUCACUCUGCACAGCGACACGCCCGAGAUCAGGGACGACCCGGAGCACAUCUUCAAGCAGUGGGCCAACGUCUUCUUCGAGGCAAUGGACCGCAUCGGCAAGACGGGGCGCAUCGGCAUGGAUGGAAACAUGCGCAAGCACAUGGAUGAGGUUGGCUUUGUGGACAUCGUCGAGAAGACCUAUCAAGUGCCAUGCGGCGGAUGGAGUAGCGAUCCCAAGAUGAAGGAGAUUGGCAUCUUCAACUUUACAUUCCUCGACGAGAGCCUGGAAGGAUUCGCCUUGUUUCUACUGAAGGAAGUGAUGGGGUGGGAGUAUACUGAGAUUCAGGUCCUGGUGGCCAGGAUGCGCAAGGCCAUUCGGAACGCCAAGUCCCGGCCGUAUUACCUUGUGACAAAUGUGUAUGCAAAGAAACCGGGUGCACCAAAGGCACCGUCAGAACAGGAUGUAUAAACCUUCACAUCAAUACUGUAGAAUGGUCCGAAUACAAGGGGAAUAAUAUAGCUUACUUGCCGUACACUUACCAUCUAAUAAUUGGUACUCGGUUCUGGUGAUGCAUGCUUACAACAUCAAUAUACAGUCUCAGAGGCAAAGCUGCAAGUAACUGGAAACAAUUUGAUAUUGGCACUAGUGGCAUUAGAAAUAGGUCUAAUAGGAUAAACAUAAAUUUCCUUCUUUAGGAGAGAAAUAUGAUGGAUUCUUGGCGGUUGGUAAUAAAAAAAUGUGCCACUUUUUGGUAGACUCCACGGAGCUAGUCAGAUAUGUUGCGUCGAUAGCCGAAGAUACCGAAGAUAUUUGGUAAACAAGCUAUUGACGGACCAGCAAGAGUAAUCACACUACGGCACAAGCCUAAGUGCCCUGUGUUUUACUAAACGAUUAACGAGGCAUCUGCUCUAUGCCUUACGAGCGUG